AUGUCUAGCACGCGCUACAUAACCGUCGGCGCGGUAACUUUGGGUGCCCUCCUCUACAUUUGGCCCAAAGCAUCACCGGGAGUGCCCGGGGCUCCUACCGCUGGUAUGGGUCUGAAAACUACAGGCAUGGAGAAUGUCGAGAAAGCUUAUGGAAGAGGUGGUGCCACUUCGACUCACACCAAGGCAUAUGGUGGCACGGUACAAGGACAAACGAACGACGGACCGACCAGGGAGGGUGCUUCGUCUGGCAACCCCAACGCUUACGAGCAAGAAGGUCUUGGGGACGAUCAGCGAGCCUAUCAACCCACCAAGCCAGAGCGAGCGUGGAACAAAACCAUGUAUGGCAGUGAGAAGGGAAAAUGA